CAGUCAUUCAUUUUGAAUUUAUCUAUGCACUGAAUACAAAUGACAACACUGUUCUUUAUAUCUGAUUAGUGUACAACUGUAUAUGCAUAUCAACUUUGAGCCCCUGGAAAAGUGUACUCGUGCCUGCAUACAUAUGUAAUGGACACCUAGCUAUUGUACACAUUUUCAAUCUUUUCGCUCGCCUACUCCUCGAAAUACCAAGACAAUGCAGUGUCCGGCGGAAGAAGAGAGCCUUUUACUUGGCGACACGAAAGUGUCGAACAGUGUUGACGAGCGCAGUCCGUUGACACUUGCGUUUCCCUAUAUCAAAGGAUUUGGUAUAUGCGCACUGUUCUCAUGCGCUUCUGCGGGGCUUAUGAUGCUGAUUGAGCCGAAAACCUUCACAGGGUUUCUAGUAGCACUCCACUUUGCGAUAUCGACUAUGCUUACCGUUGGCUACGGAACCGUCACGCCUAAGACUGAUGUCGGCAAGAUUAUCGUGUGCUUCAUCGUGCUACUCUGGUUGAUGUGGAUCUCAACUCUGGCCGUAAAUUCUGUCACUUAUUUAAUCUUCGAGAGCAAAGCAAAGCGUGAGGUGCUCUCGGAGCACCACUACUACGGCAGGAUUGUGCAGAAUGCCGCAGUGAUUGUUGGUUUGCUGACCAUCGGGGCACUGAGCUUCUACAAACUUGAGAACCACACUCUAAUCGACAGUUUCUAUUGGGCAUUGGUGACGGUGACUACGGAAGGCUAUGGGGACUUGACGGAAACGCAUGAAUCUACGAAGAUCUUUAACAUCUUCUUUAUGUUCUUCGGGGUUAUUUCAUUUGCGAUUGCCGCGUCCAAUAUCGUGGGUGAAGUUGUGCAGCUACAGCUGAUGCAUCGCCUGAAAGAGACUAAGGCGGGGGGUGUGACGCGUGAAAUGGUCGAGAGCAUGGAUACUGACAAAGAUGGACAAGUUUCGAAGCUGGAGUUUCUAAUACACAUGCUCAUCGAACAGGAGAAGUGCGAACAAGAGGAUAUCGACGAGCUCCUCCAGGUCUUCGGUUCAAUAGACGUAGAUGGUGACGGUGUUCUCUCGCAAAAAGAUAUUAUCAACAAGAUCGCUCGCGCGGUGGUACGCGUGGACUAGGAGAUGUAUAGUCCUGAGUUCAGAAACAGUACAAAAGAUGUCAUUGUCUGGAGUUCUAGACAUCGCAGGCUGUCAAUAAUGCACGAUGCGUUUGUGGAGUAGUGGCCACUUUUACCCUUUGUAGAGCCGCUACUAUAACAGGAGGUCUCUCCCAGUUGGUAGGGCCCAGAGAGCGGGGCGGGGAUACUCGAUAGGUGUAUAGCCAGGUUUGGUGUAUUUGAAGAACAACAUUGCGAGUCUGUCGGUAGUGUCAAAAAUUUCAUAUCGACUACUGCCUUCCCCCUAUGAAGCAAUUCCGUUCCCAUCCGCAGACCCUUAUCGUUUCUCCUGCAAGUCUCACACUUUUUAGACAUACUCCACAGGGCAAAAAGAAGCCUGUAUCGUUUGCACUGCGCUAUGGAGCAUAUUCUUGGACACAAACAGUUGCCACUGAAGGAUGUCCUGCACUAGGUGGCAUCGCUGAGUGAUUUUACUUCAGGGAAAGUGAAGGUGCUAUUGAAGAUCAGAUCUUAGCGUAGGCUAUUGAAAGAUGUCAACUGGCGUUGGCAAGCUAGUAGAAGCACAGACAUGGAAGUAGGGCGAAGGUGGAGAUAUGUGAGGUGCAUUUUAUACAAGUCUAACCAAAAUAUGCUAGUAGUGCAAAUACGACCACCGCAGCACAUCCAGUGCAAACAAGACAAACCGCACGACGGGCAUGGAAAUGCGUCACGGCGAAAGAUCAGCAAUAUAAUACCGUCGGCCUUCUCCGUUCAAGCCACUGUCAUCUGGCAAUAGAAAAUGCCAAUCGGAAAAUAAUAAUACCGGCUAAAAAAAUAAAUCAACACUGG